AUGUGGCAAUGUGCCUUGGCGCCGUUGCUGCUGUCAUGGGUUGCUCUCGCGUCACCAGCCCCGAGUCGGUAUGUGCCGACUGCGAAAACUAUUAACGGCACGUAUUAUGGUGUAUACAACCGAGCUUACAACCAAGACCUGUUUCUUGGAAUGCCAUACGCACAACCUCCUGUUGGAGAUUUGCGGUUUCGAGUUCCCCAGUCCCUCAACACCACAUGGAAAGGUUCACGAAAUGCAACCGAGUACUCACGUCAGUGCAUUGGAUACGGAAGCGAUACCUGGGUGCUUGGAAACUACGUGUCAGAGGACUGCCUCACUAUCAAUGUUAUCCGGCCAUCCGGCACAACCAAGGGCGACAAACUCCCCGUCGCUUUAUGGAUCCACGGCGGCAGUCUUACGAAUGGCGGUGGCUCUGAUCCUCGAUACAACCUGUCGUUCAUUGUCGAGCAAUCUGUCAAGAUGGGAACUCCAAUGGUCGCCGCAAGCAUCAACUACCGUCUGCAUGGCUGGGGUUUCCUUCACAGUGCCGACCUCGCUGCAGAGGGAUCGACCAACCUGGGGUUCCGAGAUCAGCGACUAGCCUUGCACUGGCUAAACGAAAACAUUGCUCAAUUUGGAGGAAACCCCCGACACGUCACUAUCUGGGGUGAGAGUGCCGGUGCGCGCAGUGUUGGUGCCCAACUUGUGGCUUACGGUGGACGAAAUGAUGGCCUCUUCCACGGCGCAGUCCUCGAAAGUGGCUCGUCUCUUCCAGGAAUUUUGAAGCCUGCCACAGCUCAGUCGUGGUCGCCGUACUACACGGCGCUUCUCGCAGCUACGAACUGUGCAUCUGCCAGUGACUCGGUGGCGUGCUUAAGGCGUGUGCCAACUGCCGAGUUGAGCUCAAUCUUCAACAGCUCCUUCGCUACCGUUCCCGGCUGGGGUCAAGUGGUAGACGAUGACUUUUUUAUCGCCCCAGGAGAUGCCCUGCUAAAGGCAGGCAAAUUUGUCAAGGUACCCUUAAUGCUUGGUACCAACUUCGACGAGGGAACUGCGUACGCGUCGACAGGGAUAGAUACCUCAGAGCAGUUUCUUUCUCUGGUGAAAGCUGGGGGUGUCGGUGCUGAUCUUGCGCAAAAGGUCGCAGAGCUGUACCCAGAUGAGCCUGACCUCGGCAUCCCAGCCACUUUCGAAGGCCGGCCUGAAGGGUCCCUUGCGUCAUACGGAGCACAAUGGAAGCGAGUGGCGGCAUAUCGUGGAGAUGCAGUGCAGCACGGAGCUCGCCGCCUUACUGCUCAGUCGUGGGCUGAGAACAAGGUGCCAGUCUGGAGUUAUCACUGGAAUGUUCUCGUCAACGGCAUAAAACCCAUAAUCGGAGCCACUCAUUUCCAAGAGGUAGUCUUUGUGUUUAACAACAUCCAGGCCAAUGGCUACAACACGGUGGUCUCGACGAAUCCUUUUACUGGGAAGCCCAAGACGUUUGUGCAACUCGCAAAUCUCAUGUCUCGAAUGUGGGUUAGCUUUAUUACCCAGGGUAAUCCGAACUAUCAUCGAGCUGGAUCCAUCACGUGGCCUCAAUACGACGUCAAAAGCCCCAAGAAUUUGGUGUUUGACGUCAAUACUACGCAGCUGGCAUAUGGAGAACCUGAUACAUACCGGGAGGAAGAGAUAGCUUUCAUCAUUGACAACCUGUACUCAUAA